AUGGGAGAAAUUUCAUUCAGGGCUGCCUCUAAGCAGUAUGGAGUUCCAUUUUCCACUCUGAGAGACAAAUACCACGGGAGAAGUUCAGUUUAUGAUGCCCGCCCUGGUCCCAAGACCUAUCUUACCAGAGGGGAAGAAAAUAAACUCGUAGAAUGGGCUAAAGGAAUGGCUCGCAUUGGAUUUGGGCAAAACAAAGAUGGAAUCCAAGAUGCUGUGAAGAAAUUUCUGGACAAGGAAGGACGCAAAACACCAUUCAUUGGAAACAGGCCAGGAGAAAAGUGGUGGAGGGGCUUUAAGAGGAGACACAAAGAUCUCGUCUUUAGAAGACCUCAGGUCAUUGGGAAGGAAAGGGCCGUCGUGUCAAACGCUCGCAUCAUUAAGUGGUUCGACGAAUUCAAACAAUAUAUAAAGGAUCAGAAUGCGGAAUCGAUUCUGUCGGAGCCGAGGAGGAUAUUCAACACAGACGAAAGUGGUUUCGCCCUUGGCGGCCGCCAAAGAGAUCGCGUCUUGGCAGGAAGAGGGGAGAAGAGAAUAGCUGAAUUCAAAAACUCCGACAAGACUCAAGUCACAGUGUUGGCGGCAGUAUCUGCAGAUGGCGAAUACCUUCCUCCAAUGAUAGUUUUGCCUGGACGGCAACACGUGGACAGGGACUAUCAAGGAGCACCAAAGGGAACCCUCUUUGCAAGAACGCAAAACGGAUGGAUAGACGCCGGGAGUUUCUUCAGUUACGUUGCGAAUGUAUUUCAUCCUUACGUACUCCAAAAAAGGAUACCUAGGCCGGUGCUCCUAUUAGUCGACGGUCUCGCAGCACACCAGACCUUGCAAGUUGCUAGUUUUUGUAGAGAGAAUGAUAUAAUCCUGUAUCGCUUUCCACCUCACGCAACCCACAUCCUACAGCCUUGCGACUUAACGGUUUUCCGAUCCCUUAAAACGGAGUGGUAUAAGGCAGAAAGAGCAUAUCGGUUUGAAAAUCCUGGAGAUUAUGUCACGAAAUCUACCUUUGCAAGGGUCUUCAAGAAAGCUUGGAGUGAAGUCACAAGAAAGCCCCACGUUGCCAAGAAUGGGUUUAAGGUGGCUGGACUGUAUCCAUUCACAACACAAUACAACACCGACAUGGAGAGCUCAGCUGCAAACUCCCAGCAACCGGCAGCUCCUCUUAAUCAACCAUCAAUCGACGGCCCAUCACAUGAGAGGAGUUCUCUUCACCAAACAAUGUGUGAUGACUCGCAAAGCUCGAGUCCUCGACCUCCGUCUUCUCCACCUACAUUUGCUGGUCCAUCGUGUCCUAGCACGUCUCCAUCGCCUCCACCUACAUUUGCUGGUCCAUCGUGUAGCACGUCUCCAUCGCCUCCACCUACAUUUGCUGGUCCAUCGUGUAGCACGUCUCCAUCGCCUCCACCUACAUUUGCUGGUCCAUCGUGUCCUAGCACGUCUCCAUCGCCUCCACCUACAUUUGCUGGUCCAUCGUGUCCUAGCACGUCUCCAUCGCCUCCACCUACAUUUGCUGGUCCAUCGUGUCCUUGCACGUCUCCAUCGCCUCCACCUACAUUUGCUGGUCCAUCGUGUCCUUGCACGUCUUCAUCGCCUCCACCUACAUUUGCUGGUCCAUCGUUUCCUAGCACGUCUCCAUCGCCUCUACCUACAUUUGCUGGUCCAUCGGCUGGCUGUUGCCCUCGGACUCACUCACCUGUACAACCAGCACCACGACCGACGAACGAAGAUUUUGUAAGUCCAACCUUGGAUCAGUUUAUCCAGUUUCCUGUCAUCGAGGUUUCGGGUGAUAGGAAAAGGCGAUUAAUACUACCAGAACCCAUAUCAUGGGAUGGUACAAUCGAACAAUUACGUGCGAAACAGCAGAAAAAAGAAGAUGACGAAGAAAGGAAAAGGAAAAACAAGGAAGAGCAGAUGAGGAGAAGACUUGAACGAGAGCAAGAAAGGGAAGAAAGGAGAAGGCUGGCAGAGGAAAGAAGAAAGGAAAGGCUGAAGAAAUUAGAGCAAGAUAGGCUAAAGAGGGAAGAACGUAUCAAAAAGAUAGAGGAGAAAAAACGAAUAACAUCUUAA